GCCUAAAGUGUUUAUCUGGUAUUUGCAGGAGGGUGCAGUGCUUUAUUUUCAGGACAAACUCUUGACCUGUUACAAAGUAUUGCAUAUAGAACAGAUAUUAACUCCUGGAUAUAAGAAGGAUGUCACUGUGCCAUGGAAGAAUCAGUCUUACAAAAUGAGAAGCAGUGUGGGAUGAGUGAGAGUGUACCCACCAUGGAUUACUCAGAGGAAGAGGAGGAGCUCUAUGAUGCACCAGAUGUCUCCCGUGAGGAAGAAAACUCUGCUGCAACACCACAGUCUGACUAUGUUCCUCCACCAAGAGAUGUAACAGUUCUAUAUGCUGGCAGUGAGACUGUUUCUCUUGGUUUAGCACCCCCUGUUAGGUAUAAUCUACAUAUCGAUUACUCCUGUGAUACACACAGUGGCAGUGUGAUCAAAGAAGACUCCAGCACUGUAGAUGUUGAUGGACUGUUUCCUGGGACUGAGUAUACUUUCAGAAUCACAAGGAGAGCAGACAAUGGAAAUCAGAGUGAAGCAGCCUGUGUAUCUGUCUGCACAGAGCCCAGCCCUCCUGUGCAGUUUACAGUCACUCAGGUCAGCAGUGAGUCACUGUCUCUGUGUUGGGACCCUCCUGCUGGUGAAGUGGAGAACUACAUUGUGACUUGCAGCAGUGAAGAAGACAGCAGUGUGCAAGAACGGACAACACACACAAACAGCCUGACUGUCAGCAGCCUGAAGCCAGGGGUGUGUUACUCCCUCCAAGUUUCUACACAGCUGAAGAAUGGAAGAAGCAAGCCAGCUGUGACAUCUGCACACACAAAGACACAAUUGGAGAGCUUAUUGGAGGAUCUGGGCUUGGAGAAGCACUACAGUGAGAAGAUAUCCCUGAGCGCAGUACUUCAAAUUGAUGAGAAGACCAUGACUGAUGAACCUACCAAGUGUAAUUCAGAUCUUCUAUGGCAUUUUUUGAAGAAAGUGAUGAUGGUUAAUGUGACAGCUAGAAAUGUGAAAUGUACAUCUGUAUGUGACUUAAACAGGGAAUACAGGUUAGAUCUUAAAAACCUGGUUGAUAGUCCAAAUUCAGGUGACACGCUAAACCCCCUUGACAUAAUCACUGCUCUCUUUCUGUGUUCUGAUGGUUUUGUACAGCAGGAGAUGGCACUCAAAAUGUCUAUGUGUCAGUUUUCUGUGCCUCUGCUGCUUCCCAACUGUGACACAAAACAGUGCACACUAAUGCUAUGGGCCAUGAGAGACAUUGUUAAAAAGUACAGACCUCAGUCACUGUCUGAAUCCAAGGGCUUCAUUGAAGACAGAAUUGUUCUCUCAGAUCUUCCAAUGAUAUCUUUUGUGAGACUGGGUGAAUGCUCCUUGUCCAAGUCAGAGAUUCUCAAUAAGCUUCUGAGCAAUUCUCAGCAGUACCAUGACACCUUUGUUCACCAUGAUAUGGAGUGUGGAGACAGUCCAAGGAGAAUAUCCAAUGGAUUGGUUGAAAUGACUUGGUACCUUCCUUGUGGAAGCAAAAACAUGGAUGUUUUCAGUGAACCAGUUGCUGUAGCUAACCUUCGUGGGGACAUUGCUUCAUUUGAAACACAAUACUCUUUUUUGUGUCAGACAUCUACAGCAGUAUUUGUGUUCUUUGACAAUUUGGACUCUGAGUGCAUCCUACUGACCAACCAACACCAGACUGCGCAGAUCUUCUUAGUGGGGAACCAUCAAAGCAAGAGUUUCAGUCUAGAUGCUUUAGAAAACGUAGCAACCAAGUUGGGCUUGACUAACAGCAACAUUAUUUUGAAGACUAAACGCAUGAAUGAUGCAGAUUUUGUCAAGAAUAUGAGGAAAACAGUCAGGGAUGUAGUGGAGAACUCAAAGAUGAAGAUGCCAAUAGAGCAGAUGGCUGAUGUUGCCUGUGAACUGGGAAUCUUGGUUGAUGAAGACUCUCCAGAGUGUCAGGCUGCCAAGAAAAAUGCAGAUGCCAUCACUGUGGAAAUUCAGGACACCCUGGCAUACAAAGAAGCUCAGCUUCCCUUGCAAGGCCAAAUAUGGAAAGAUUUGACUUGCUUGGAGAAGGAAGAAUUUCGGCUUCGAAAAGCUGGAUCUGAAAAUAUAGAAGUGUACAAAAGCAAUCUUCAGGUAGAGAAAACAAAACUUAGAGAAAAACAGAACUCUUACGACAUAUCACCUGCUAUGACAUGUUUCAUCAAGGCAAUAUCAAGCCCGGGAAUAGAGAGGUGCUAUUUCCUGAAAUGGAUGAGAAUUAACCUCGAUAACCUGUCUCGAGAAAAGCUGUCUUAUCUCAGGGAACAGUACAAAAAGAAAUGUAAGAGUUCUGAGAACAAAGAGGAGAUUAAAGACAUCGACAGACAACUUUCCAACAGCUCAUUGGGGACUGAACACUUCUUCCGUGAAAUGGGUCAAAUCUAUGAAGCUUCAGUUUCCCUUCCAGAAACACACCCAUCACGUCAACAAUUACAGCAUCUUCCAAAACUCUGUGCAGAAUUGUUGCUUGAUGGACUUCCUCUUGAGCUUGUUGACGGAGAUGCAUCCAAUAUACCUCUCAGAUGGGUGAGUGACGUUCUCUCUCAGCUCAAUGACUUGGUGUCUCCUAAGAGCAAGAUAUUGGUGGUCACAGUUCUUGGAGUUCAGAGCACUGGAAAGUCCACUCUCCUUAACACCAUGUUUGGAGUGCAGUUUGCUGUCAGCAGUGGUCGAUGCACUCGAGGUGCCUUUAUGUUGCUCAUCAAAGUCAAUGAAAAUGUGAAAAAAGUACUCAACUGUGACUUCAUGAUGAUCAUUGACACUGAGGGCUUAAAGUCACCAGAACUUGCACAACUGGAUGAUAGCCAUGAGCAUGACAAUGAGCUUGCAACACUUGUUGUGGGGCUGAGUGAUAUCACCAUUAUCAAUAUUGCCAUGGAGAAUUCAACAGAAAUGAAAGACAUCCUACAAAUAGUUGUGCAUGCUUUUCUCAGGAUGAAAGAGGUUGGCAAAAAGCCCAAAUGUCAGUUUGUUCACCAAAAUGUGUCAGAUGUUUCAGCCCAUGACAAGAACUUACGAGACAGGAAACUGCUCUUGCAGCAGUUAAAUGAAAUGACCCAGGCAGCAGCCAAAAUGGAGAAGAAAGAGGAAAACAAGUUCUUCACUGAUGUGAUGGAGUACAGUCCAGACACAGGGAACUGGUACAUUCCUGGACUCUGGAAUGGAAACCCACCAAUGGCACCAGUCAAUGUGGGGUACAGUGAAGCUGUGUAUGACCUCAGGAAGAACAUAAUCCAAAUGCUGGGAAAUUGUGACACAUCUGCAAACAAUGUCUCUGAGUUUACAGAGUGGAUGUCAAGCCUGUGGAAUGCAGUGAAGCAUGAAAACUUCAUCUUCAGCUUCAGAAACAGCCUGGUGGCUGAUGCCUACAUGAGACUUUGCACAGAAUUCAACAAAUGGGAAUGGGAAUUCAAAAAAGAAAUGUACACCUGGGUCACUGAUGCUGAAACAAAAAUUUCCAAUUUUGGAAAAUUUGAUGUGAAAUCUGAGAUACCCGAGGUUAGUGAACUUCUGACAUGUUUGAAAAAUGAGGCUCAAACACUGCUGUCUAAAUGGGAGACAAAGCUUCUUGAGAAUCUGACACAGUACUUCAAGCAAACUGAGGGUCAUGUCUAUCUGGUUGAGGGAUACAAAGAGGACUUUGCAAACAGUUCAAAGAGCCUUCGACGAGAAAAAGAGAGGUCUGUCUUUAGUCAGCUGGAAGCAGCAGCUGACAUUAGACAGGGAAUGACAAAGAUCGAUAAAAUCAAGGAGAACCACACAAAAGAAUUAGAGGAAAGAGUUUGUGCAUUAAUUCAGGAGUGUCGGAAGAAAAAAGUCAAGAUGACAGACACAGAGCUGGACCAAGAAUUUGAUGAGAUGUGGGAUAAAACUUUGAAGGAACUAUCUUUCUGUGAACAAAAGGCUACAGAUGUCUUCACGAGGGUGUCCCACUCCCUGAGAACAAAUGUCUCACAUAAGGGCGGGCAUGCAAAUGAAAUGUUGAGUAAAAAAGACUUGAAAAAUUGUGGACUGGAGCCUUUCGAAUAUAAAGCUGAAGGAUUCAUUAACCGAUGUAAAGACUUCUUCACCGCUCAACGUCACACAACAGAUGUACAAAAAAUGGCUGACAGCAUCAUAGCAGCUUGCUCACAGUUUGUAUGUGAAAAAGUAGAAAGAGAGAAAAAAAGUAAUUACCAUGACACUUACAUUGAGGAGAUCCUACACAUGAUUGAUGAGAGGCUGCAAAACAACCAAGAUCUGAAGACAGGCAUUGAGUUUGAAGUUUCUCUGAAACAGCACAUCUGUGGAUUUGCAGCCAGGAAGUUUCAGAAAAUGCAUGAAGAUUUCAUACAUGUGAAUGAUCCCAAAAGAUGUCUCAAUCAAAACAAAGAAAAGUUUCGGAGUGAUUUUAUGGAUGUGUUCCAUGAACGAGACCAGUGCCAGAAGAAGGCAGAAGAAUUCACCAAACAAUGCUUGAAGCCUGCCGUCGAAGACUUUGUCAACCGCUCCUUGGGUCCUGACAUCAUUGGUGAAAUGUUGACAUGCCCACAGUUCAGCACACGAAUGUUCUUCCAGCAUUCAAUUUUACUGGAUUUGUUCUCCAAGGAUGACUUUGAAAACUAUCUGAGCUACAUUUGCUCAUAUGAGGAUUAUGUUAAGAAAUGGACACUCAGCCAAAUAAUGGAACACUUCUCCAACCCGUCUAAAGUGUUUGAGUUUGAAAAUCAACAUCUGCAGUCAAGUAUCAGGGGCAUAAACAAUGCCAUCAACAAGGCCAAAACAGGAAAAAGUGACAAUUUGAAGACAUUCGUUGAAGAUAUCUGCAAAGAACUUGGUGAUAAACUGGUCAUUUCCCAGGAUGCUCUUGGUGCUUUCAUGAUCCUGAACAAUGCAGACCAGGAACAGUUUGCCCACUGGCUCACAGAUUGUGUGAACGAAAUGGGACAAGCUCUCAUGGUAAACUUACAAGAAGACAACAUCCAAAUAAAGCUAAAAAAUCUCUCUCUGAAACCUCAGAAUGAGCUUUUCACCAAACUGAUUGGAUGUGGUAAACAGUGUCCAUUCUGCAAAGCACCUUGUGAGGCAGGAGGAAAGCAACAUAGUGAGCACUGGACUUCUCUACAUCGCCCAAAGGGUCUUGGUAAUAUCAGGUGGGAUGCCACAGAAAAUCUUGUCAUUGACAUAUGCUCUUCAUCUGUCAUCAGUGAUGUGCGUUUUCGCUGUUUUGCUACAGGUUUUGAAUGGCAUCCUUACAAGCGUUACAGAGAAAUUUUCCCAGACUGGAAAAUUGCUCCAGAUGUAAGCCUUGAGGCAUCAGACUACUGGAAAUAUGUAUUUGCAAGGUUCAACAACAAGUUUGCCAAUAGCUAUUUAGCAAAACCUGCCAACAUUCCUACAACAUGGAAACAUUUCACACGUAAGCAGGCAGAAGCAAGCCUCAAAGAAUCAUUUAACAUCAAAUAAGAGACUAUACGCUCUGUGGUUACAGAGAUACACUCUUGUCAUGACAUUCAUACAUUUACCUUCUUCUGAUGGAGACUUUUUUGUUUUAUAUAAUGUAGGAGAAACUAACAAGUAGUAACAUACUGUACAGGUUUGGCAAGAUGAGAAAAAGUAGUUUUAAAAGCAUGCAUCAGGUUUAUCAAUAUCUAUAUAUCGUGUUUUUGUUGGUAUUAUGUUAUUUGAAAUGACAUUUGCAACAUUUUUUUAAACAAAAGUAAGAAUGUCCCAUGGUGUAACCACAAAAGAAUGAUAAAUAUUAAAUAUUUUAAUCACCUACAGUGUAUUUAUAAAAAAUAAUUGCUUCAUUUGAAAAUAUCAAAUGAAGAGAAAAAAAGUUUGAGUACUCCUUCAUUUAAAUUUGAAUGUGUUUUUUCAGCCAGGUGAAGACAUUCUUCCCACCCAGCUGUUUCAUGCAGCAGCAUUCACACAUUCUCACUGACUAGCUACCUUUUCCUUGUUAGAAAAUGGCAUCUAAUGGAGAAAAUCCAUUUUAUUUAUUUAGUUUGAUUGUUUUAGU